GCUCCAGCAAGAAAUGUGGAAAUGAGCUAAAACAGUGACAGGAUCAUUGAAUCAGUGAGUUGAACUCGAGAAUCGAAUCGGUUCUAUUCGUGAAUGAAUCAUUCAGACUGGUUUUAUCAACGGGAUUCUCCAAUUCAUUGAAAUGAACCGACUCAAACAAACGAUUUAUUCACGAAUCGGACAUCAUUACAACACUUCCCUCAUAAACUUUUUAUGAUUACAUUACAUUUCGAUCGAUUCCUAGUUUUAUUGUCGCUUGGUGCUUUUCCGUACUUUUUGAAGCUCAAUGCUGCAUUAUUGUUGCUCGAUUGCGUGGGAAAACAUGCAUUCUUGGAAAUAUUGUGCUCCAACUUCCAAGGAUAAACAUCUGGGUGAGUAACUGAUAGAAUUUCUAUUUUAUAUUAAUUAUAACAGCUUCAUACGGGCUAGCUUCAGAAUCUUAGCACAAAACAGGGAACGUAAUUCACCUUAAAAAAAUAAAAAAUAAAUGGGUGACUUGCUGUCUUCCCCGUCUUGCUCCCUCCUCUUUUUCAGGGUUUUCUUUCGGCUUUUGGUAUCCCGAUGUUGUCUGCACCAUCUCUUGCCAUCUACCUGAUGCACAACUGUGAAGUGCUGCAUUUCUGAAUAAUCCGCUUAAGGGGACACACACAUGCACUUGGCACAGUCUGAGGGCAUUCAUUAUAGCCUGCUUCUUAAUAGAUUAUUGUGCAAAGAGGCUAUUUAAAUACCAAAAUCAUACAGGAAAGUAUGGGGUUCUGCUGGGCCCCCUGUCUGAGCAGGGCCCUUAGAAUCUUCCCUGACUCGUUUCCUUUUCCAACACGGAACCGUUUUUUAGACCAACCAAAGAGCCGUGCAGACACGAGAGGGCAGUAGAGAGCUGUAGAUAAUCUCGCCAUCGUUCACUAUUCUUAAUGUUUUCCCACAUAAAGAUUUUUACUGAAGUGUCUUUCUUUUGUUUAUUCUAUACUUUUAUUUGUCUUGUUAAUAUUAUAAUGUUAUUGCUCCAAGUCAGGUUUUAAGAGUAUGCUGUGUCUGACAGUACCUAAGAUGUUUCAUUUUCCAAGAGAAUUUGCACUGCCUUCAUCUUUUUUUUUUUUUUUGCUUCAGUAAAUGUGUGAGGGUUGUAAUUUUCAGCAUGUAAAGGGUGGAGGUGAGAGUGAGAGCACAGAGAGUGGGGAGGAGAAGGGGUUGAAGGGAGGGACACUGAACAAGCAGGCAGCAUGCACUCAGGUUUUCCCUGUUUCUCUCUCUCUCUCUCUCUCUCUCUCUCUCUCUCUCUCUCUCUCUCUCUCUCUCUCUCUCUCUCUCUCUCUCUUCCCCUGCUUUUUCAGCUCCACAGAUGGCAGGAAGUGCUUUCCUCUAUCGGACAGGCAUCAAGUUCUUUUUUCCCCUUUGAUAUCUCCAUCUGUGUAGCUUUGUGUCUUGGGCCUAAUCUUCUCCUAGUCAUCCUUCCUUCAUUCAGCAUGGUGAACAGAUAAUUACCUGACUGAGGGUCACCAUGGGCGCCUGCCUUUGCAAAGGUCAUCAAGAGAUUCAAAAUAUCCAGCAGCAUCCCAUGGGAGAGCUUCAGUCUUGGACAGAAGGACAACCCAUUGUCAAGGGGAAUCAUCAGCCAUACAAUGGCUCAGUGACAGAUAAGAAGAAUGCCAAUGGCUAUAACAUCGGGGAGCUGGCUACAUCUUCCUUGAUGGGUCUAGUUGCUACUAUAAAGGAGCACAUAACCAAGCCAACAGCGAUGGCACAGGGACGGGUGGCCCACCUGAUCGAGUGGAAAGGUUGGGGUGGGGAGACAGCGACUGGAGUGGGCUGGUGUGGCUGGAGCAGGGAUGGAGGAGGCUGGGGAGGAGCAGGGUCCACACUGCAGGAAGAUGAGCAGUUCUACUCCCAUCUGACCGACGAGAUCAAGGAGGCACGCUUUGCUGCAGGGGUAGCUGAGCAGUUUGCCCUCGCUGAAGCAACAAUGAAUGCAUGGCCUUCACCUGAAGUCACAGAUCGAGCCACAACUGGCACAGUCCAAUUACAAGGCCACGAGGGCAUGUAUCUCUCUCAGUUCGUCAUGGAUGGAGGAAGCUUGGGCGUUCCGCACCAUCUGUACAGCAUACACAUGGAGGCCAAUGCUGAAACCAGCUCUCUGAAUACUACACAGCCAUCUCAACCCUUCUUCUGUAGCUCUGUAUCUCAGCCAGAAGCACAGUACUUCCUUCAGGAGCAGAGGACUUCACCGGCUGACGGUCCUGUACGACACGCAGACAGCAGCUCUGAGGAUGAGGUCUUUUUUGACUGAAAAUCUGAAUGCCAACAGACAGGAUAUGUGACUCUGAAAGCUGGAACAAAGUGGACAUUUGUUUUACCUCAUAUGACCGAGUCACGGUUUAUAUAUGGUGGUAUGAGUUUAUAUAUGGUGGUAUGUGUUUGUCUGUGUGGCAGCACCAGUAUUGAUCUACCUCCUAAGAGGUAAUCGCCUUACCCAGUAGAUGUACACAGAUCGUAUAAGUCUCCAUGCCAUAUCUUGAAGUGAUAUUUUUGAUGCAAGCAUCAGUUCAUAAAGCUAUAACAUGGUGUCCUUUACCAAGACAAAAUGUUAUUAACAGUAUGUACAGACAGAUGUUUUAAAGGAACUGAAUCACCUCAAUGCCAGAAAAAAACACACAUCCUCAAAACCCACUAAUGUGUUUCAAAAUUGCAGUGAUUGAGAUGGAAAUGCCCGUGAUAUGCUUUCGGUUAGAAAGCAGCACCUGUAAAUACCUGCUUAUAAACCCCUUUCAGAUGCUUCUCCAUCUCAUAUAAAAGCAGAAAUCUGCCAGGGCUUUGCAUCUGGAUAUAAUGUGGACAUAAAAAGACAUGUUCUCUUUAAGCCAGGCUUCAUUCAGACUCAGAGAAACCCAGUAAAGAAUGGCUCACAGAGAGUAUGGCACAAAAAGGCUUUUUGUGAGUGUGGUGGCUGAAGGAUGAAUACGGUUUAUGGCUUGUUGCAGAGAUGAAACCCAGGACUUUAAAGGUUUUUGAGAACUCUAAGACCUGUGUCUAUUAUUCCUCCAAGAAAGCUUAUCUGUUGAAAGCCUUGUUCACAUAUAGUAAUUUCUAUAUUGUGAUGUAUACAAAGAUUUCUGUAUGUAAGAGAAAAGAGAGAUAAACUUUUCUCAGACAUCUAAAAAAAGAGAUGUAUUUUCUGUUCUGUCAAAGCAAAGAAAGAGAGAGAGAACUGGAAUAA